GCCUCCUCACGCGGCGCACGGCUGCGAGGGCGGCCCCGGGGCCCCGCCCCCGGGCGCCUGCGGCGGGGGCAGCGGGUUCUUCUCCCGGUCCGCCGUCGGGGGCCGCUGCCCGCGGUCCCCAGGGCCGGGCGCGCCCCGCAAGAUGUCCGGGCGCCGCGGCCGGCAGCCCGGGCCCCGCCUGUGCUGGCUACUGUGCUGCAGCGCCCUGCUGUCCCCGGCCACGGGCUACGUGAUCGUGAGCUCCGUGUCCUGGGCCGUCACCAACGAGGUGGACGAAGAGCUAGACAGCGCCUCCACCGAGGAGGCGCUGCCCGCGCUGCUGGAAGACUCGGGCAGCAUCUGGCAGCGGAGCUUCCCGGCCUCGGCGCACGAGGAGGAGUCUCACCUGCCGCCCCCGGAGGGCACCGCCCGCGCCAGGCCACCCCCUGCGCCGCCCGGGAUGUUCUCCUACCGGCGCGAGGGCAGCGCGAGGCUGCGCCCGGGCACCGCCCGCUUCCUGGCCCACGCCAGCGCCUGGGGCUGUCUGGCCACCGUGUCCGCCCACGAGAAGAUCCCAGGACUGCCUUUUGGGAACUGCCUGCUGGUCAGUGAUGGCCCCUUCAACAACAGCACGGGGGUUCCUUUCUUCUAUGUGACACCCAAGGACCUCCUGGUGGCUGAUCUGAUGAAGAACCCCACGGCCUCCCUCCUGCUGCCGGAAUCCGAAGGAGAGUUCUGCAGGGUCCACUACUUUCCAGGACCUGCUUCAGCCCAGGUGUGAUUCAUCUGCGUGAAGCUCACAUUCCGAGUGCAGCGUCACCCUGUAGGUUUUGCCUCCAGAAUCUUGGUAAUGUUGAGCACAGAGACUUAACAAGUCAAAGGCGGGCAAAGAGCAGAGCCCUGAAUUGAACAACGCUCCUCGGGCCACGGGAGCCUAAAGAAGCAUCAGGUGGAAACGUCUGUGGCUAAGAACUUCCCUGACAAGUUCAAGGGGCCGCCUGCAAGGCUGCAGGAAGCUGCCCCUCCUGCCUGAUCCCGGCCUGCAGAGAUUCCCACAGAGCAGGGAGAUCCAGAAAAGCACCCACUUCUCACGAUGAUGACGGUAAAUCAAGGACACCUGAUCCUUUGACCUUUGGAAAGCAUGAGAAUCGCCUCCGUUCUGUGAAGCAGGUGUUCUUGUGAACUGCAAACUUUCAGCAGCAUUUUUACCCUCAGAUCUGGUGCAUUCUGUGCGCUCAUGUCCCUCUGCCUGUCUGCGCACUGGGGUGGAGGUGGAUUUUCCCUAAGCGGGAAGACAAAGCCAGGACCCGGCCUGUCUACACGAUGCAUCCUGAGACUCCUGUAGGCCUGGGGCGCCAUGUUUGUCUGAGGAGCCCUCAGAGCCUGAACCAUAAACCAAGGUCGGACAGAGAGGAAGCAGCGUGGCCACUGAUGCUCUGAGAGGAGGAAAGAGGUGCCUUCCCAGCCGUUUCCUGCAGGGUCCACUGGGCAUCUCAGCUGCAGGCCUGCCUCUGCAUCCAUCAGGGUUAGCCCUGGUUCCUGCAGAGUCUGGACUGGGGCAGUCUGGUGAGCUCGGCCUCCACCGACAGGACAUAGCUUGAGAAGGAAGCCAUCCAACAAACAGAAGCGAAU